AAGUUGGUUUUGCAUUUUGACCCCAUCUUUCUUCCUACAUAAUGUGGAAAUCUAGUCAUGACCCCAGGUGGCUCUAGCUUCACUCUUGCAGCUAAUGGCUAGAGUAGAACUAGGAUCAUUUUAGUUUCGUGGAAUGUUUUUGGUGUCCCUACCUCCAAUCCAUUUUCCACCUAUCAUUGAAAAAGCUCAUCCCAAACUGCAGUUACGCCCCAGAUUCUUGUUUCUAGUAACCUGCUCUGCCUAGGGUACCCCACUCCAGGGUUAGUUUCCACCCAGCAGAGCCUGCUGAUUUAGAGAGUCGUUGAAGCCUUAAAGUGGAAACAUGAGUAGGCCAGGGCUUUCUGGCCUGUGGGAUGUUAGGGCUGUGAAGGAAGAACUUGCUAUCUGAUUCCAAAGAAAUGCUGAAAAUGUGACUCUUGGUGAAAAGAAAGGCAAGCUCAACAUUAUUGUUCCGUGGCAUGUCAGUUGACAGUUGUACAAAGAGUCCCCUUUUAGCUGAAGAUGGUUAGUGAUGGUUUCAGUCUUUGUCAUCUUCACUCCCGUUUUCAGCCUCCUAAAGGGAUUCCAUUUUGGGAAAAUAGCCUAUCUGGAAAUUUGAGCAGGUGACUUCUCUACUGCAUCUCAUUCAUUUAUUAAGUGUUUAUUGAGUGCCUACAACUGCACACUAAGGAUAUGGUAAUUUUCCUGAGCAUGCAGAUCAGUAGGAAUGCCUGAAAGUGGAUCAGGUGCCCUACUGCCCCUGCCUGAGCCCUGGAAUACAUGUGUCAGGAUGAGCCUUGAUGCACGAACAGUUCCUGAAUGAGGGUCAGCAAGAUCUAAAUUUUUGUAAAAGGGAGGCAGGGGCACCACCUGAGGGCUGGAAAGGUCCUGGAAACCAAUGCAAACAAGACUGCAUUAGGACUGUAGCUGGAAUUUGAGGAACAUGAAAGGACGAACGUUUAUUGAGCAUUUCUAAGUACCAGAAACUCUUGGUAAUUUACACAAAUUAACUUCAUUUAAUCCUCACGACAACCCUAUGAGAGUUGAUGUCAUUAAUGUCUUUGUUUUAUAAGUGAGGGAACAGGCACGGACAGGUAAAGUAACGUGCCCAAGUUCACUCACUUUGAAUCUGGCACUUAUGCCCAAAGCAGAGCUCUUGUCUUUUAGCCGAUUACUGAACACAGAUCAGGAAGCCCUGGGGGUGUUCGGGGUUCCUAUGAGGCUAGUUAUCUGGCGGGUGAGAAUGAGUAUAAGGAGGGUUGAAGCCAGCCUUGGGAAUACCUUUAGAAGACCUCCAAAGGACACAUGGCCAAGAGUUUUUAGGAAGAUAAAUGUGGUCGGGUUUCCGGGUGAAUAAACCUGUAGUAAGAGCUCCUUGUGGCGGCCCCUACUCUCAGUAGCGUUCGGCCUCCUUAAUCCAGGAAGGGGGAUUCACAGAUGGGUUUACGACUGUUUUCUCGGGGGGGGGCGGGGGGACGGCUGUGGUCGCUGGCGUGGCGCGGAGUGGUGACGUCACGCUGGAGCCCUGGGAGCGCGCCGACGUACCACGGGCGUCGUGGAAGCGCGCAGGCGCACAAGGGUUCAUAGGCGAGGCGGCUGGCAGCAUGCGGAGUCCUUGGUCAUUGCGAUCUCCUAUCUCUAUUCUUGAGAAGAGGAUAAAAAUCAGGACUCUGCAAUGCAGGUCUCUUACUCUGCAUGGAGAACAUUUUCCUUUGUGAAAUUUUUUUUUCAGGCAAGAAGACCAAGCCUGAUGGCAAAGUGUUAAACGACUUGAAAAAAAAUGUGGAGGGUCAUAGAGCCUGGUCUUUAGGGGUUCACAUUAGGAGGAGUUGAAGAUGCAUGAAGGAGGACUAGGAGGGGAAAUUCUGCACGACUGGGAGGACACCACAUGCACACAGAGCUUUCCAGGAGAACAGUGUUAUUCUAAGGAUAAUCAUAUUUGAGAAAGUACCUUGUAAGUAUCAUGAAUGUGAGAGAAAGUUUCCUCUAAACUGGAACCUAUUGGAAGCUCCUUCAUUGUGUUUUACAAGCAGCAUGAGUCCUGGCCAGAUUUCACUGCAGUUGAAACAUCAGAAACUUAACAUGCGGAAGAAACCUUCAAAGUGUAGUGAAUGUGGAAAAUUCUUUACUCAGAGAUCAUCUCUGACCCAGCAUCAGCGGAUUCACACGGGAGAGAAGCCCUAUGCGUGUACUGAGUGUGGAACUUGUUUCCGUAAACAGUCAAAUCUUACUCAACAUCUGAGGAUUCAUUCGGGAGAGAAACCUUAUAAAUGUAAUGAAUGUGAGAAAGCCUUUCAAACAAAAGCAGUCCUCGUCCAGCAUCUGAGAAUUCAUACUGGUGAGAAACCCUAUAAAUGUGUUGAAUGUGGCAAAGCCUUUUGUCAGAGUCCAUCUCUUACCAAACACCUGAGAAUUCACACCGGAGAGAAACCAUAUAAAUGCAGUGAAUGUGGCAAAGCCUUCAGUCAGAGCAUAUGCCUUACUCGUCAUCAGAGAAGUCAUUCUGGAGAUAGACCUUAUAAGUGUGAAGACUGUGGGAAGGCCUUUAAUCAGAGUGCAUGCCUCAUGCAGCAUCAGAGAAUCCAUUCGGGAGAGAAGCCCUACACAUGUACCAAAUGCGGUAAAGCCUUCACUCAGAACUCUUCCCUUGUCGACCAUGAGAGAACUCACACUGGAGAGAAGCUUUAUAAAUGUAGCGAGUGUGAAAAAACCUUCCGCAAGCAAGCACACCUCAGUGAACAUUACAGAAUUCAUACUGGAGAGAAACCUUAUGAAUGUGCUGACUGUGGGAAAUGCUUCAGGCACAGCUCAGCGCUUGUUCGACAUCAGAGACUUCAUGCUGCAGAAUAAAGCUUGGGAUAUAACCAGGGUGGAAAGACUUCUAUGAAAACACAUUUAAAAAAAUUCUUAGGAGUUUAUGACUCAGUCUUCAGCUGGGAUGAAUGUUUUGUAUGUUGAGCAAGAGGAAAUGUGUCCUAAAAUUUAGGAAAAUACACUCAAAACUAGAUAAUCUUGAGUUUAAUGCCUUCCUUGCUGCUUAAUGAGUGUAUGAUCUUGUCUCUCUCAGCCUGUUUUUCCCAUCCCCCCCCCCAAGAAUGAUGAUACUUACUAGGGGUUCUCUUGAGAA